AUGAAUGACACGGCGGGACGGAGCGGCCAAUGCGUCGAAGUUGCGGUCCGCGUGCGACCGUUCCUUCCCAAAGAGUUGUUGACCGGUUCCAACGGCGUCGAUGGAUCCACCGUCGGUUCUUUAACCAUCGACAAAGAGUACAACGCGAUUGAAGUCACGUCCGCAUCCACGACGAUGUCGUUCUGCUUUGAUCACGUGUUGGGACCGGAAUGCACGCAGGAUCAAAUGUUUACGCGCGUGUUGCAGCCGAAACUCGCCACGUUCCUCAAUGGAUUCAACACGACGGUCAUCGGAUACGGUCAGACUGCAAGUGGCAAGUCCCAUACGAUUGGGAGCGGGCUGACGAACCAAACCGAGGCGCAUUGGGGUCUCAUUCCCCGCAUGUUGCACGAGAUCUUCCGCAAGAUCGAAGCUGACAAGCUCGAUGCGCAACUGCACGUGUCGUUCCUUGAAAUCUAUGGCGAAGACAUUCAUGACUUGCUGCUACCCAUCACGAGUACCAAGACUUCAUCCGCCAGGACACCGCUCAAUUUGCGCCAGGAUCGGUCGGGGGUAUUUGUCCAAGGUAUUCGCGAGGUCCAAGUCACAAGCGCGGGAGCCGCGCUCGAGCAACUCCGUAUUGGAUGCAUGGCACGUAUCACGGGCAGCACUGAAAUGAACGAUACAUCGAGUCGAUCCCACGCCGUGUACACGUUGACGCUGAUCCAAAAGUCCAAACGAAUCCAACCAGACGACGCGACGUUUAUUGACACCGUCACAACCCUGUCGAAAUUCACCUUUGUCGAUUUGGCCGGCAGUGAGCGGCUCAAGAAAACAAUGGCGGAAGGGACGCGAAUGAAAGAAGGCAUUCAAAUCAACGUCGGCCUCCUUGCGCUCGGCAACGUGAUAAACGCGCUGGGCGACGAACAAAACCAAAAAAAGGAGACUUUCGUCCCGUAUCGGUCGUCCAAGCUCACGCGGCUGCUCCAGGACGCACUCGGUGGCAACAGUCGCACCCUGUUCAUUGCGUGCAUAUCUCCAGCCGUGGGCAAUGCCGCCGAGAGCUUGAGCACGCUGCAAUAUGCCAACCGCGCGAGAAACAUUCAAAACAAGGCUGUGAAAAACUUGGAUCCACGAUCUGCCGAGGUGUCCAACCUGCACGCGUACGUGUCGAUCUUACAGCGCGAACUCGUCCGGUCCAUGUAUUGCGACAACGACGUGAACGAAACCAAGUUGAACACGCUCUUGGCCGAUCCAAAAGUGCAGCAAUACCUGAAAUCGUUGAAGGACAAGGACGCGCUGCUGGAAGUCCCUGCCAGCAGCGCCAUCGCCUGCCACAACGACGACAUGGCCGACGACGACGACGACAACGCCACGAUCGACGUGACGCGAAUCCCGAGCUACUUGAGUGUGCUCGAACUGGCGCUGGAAAAGGAAGCUGCGGUUUCCGAUCGAACGCAGGGCGAACACGACUUCUACGUCCAGCGUCAAGCGCUCGAGCUCAAGCGGCGGCGGGAAAUUGCACGCCGCGACACGCUGGAGCACCACCUCCGGGCGCUCAACGUGAACGUUGACGAGUACGACACGUGCCAGAAAAAGCUGGCCGCGCUGCACCAAAGGAAACUGGCGCAGCCCCACGACGAGUCCAUCCAUUCUGAAUGGAAAGCGGCUCACGAGAGGCUCCAGCCGAUCAAGAAAGCAUAUGCCGCAUGGACGUACACGACCGAUCGACUCCGCGAUGCAAAACAAGCCAUUGAGAGUGUCGACGACGACAUCCGAUCCCUCGAAGCCAGGCUCAAGCAACUCCAAGUCGUGACCGAGCACAUCAUUGAGACCAAGGAUAAGGAAAUAGAACGUGUGCGCAAGUACCCACAAAGCACCGCCAAGUGGAGCCAUCUCAACUCUGUCCAGCACAUGAAUGACUUGGAGGCGCUGUACGGGAAAGACAUGGUCAAACGAAUUCUGCGACAACUCGAAGAUUGCGAGAAGCGCAUGAUCGAAUGGCUUGACAAAUUCUCGGCUGAUCCGUCCAAGCAGUGGCAUCCCCAUGCUCAGGCGUACUUGACCGAAGUCAUGAAUCGACUACACAUCGAAGACACGGAAGCCAGUCUCAUGCAAGCGCUUCGAAAACGCGCGACCACGCUGACGAGUUUUCUGCGAAAGGGCCCGCUUGGGGACCAAGACAAGAUGGAGCUGCAAGCGAUCGACGAGUCGAUCCAAACACUCAGCGACACACUCAAGCGUCUCGAGGCAGAACAUGCAGUGUUGUCGCAGCCGGAAACAGAAAAGCUGUCUGGUGAAGAGGCCGCCGCUGUGAUUCAGGACCUUGUGGCUGUACUGGAGCACUCGAAACGCAUGGAAUUAUGUGCAAUUUUGGCAAAACAGUCGAGUGCUUCUUCGCACGGCGGCGGAGGAAGCACGUUGUCGUCAUCGGUGGCCACCGCACCUGCGUUGGUCCUGGCCCGGGAAGACUUCGAGAGCCAACUCCACGCGUGGAAGUUGCAGCACGAGCGCGAAAUGAUCGAGACGUUGAAGAAUCGCGACGACAACAGCGACGUGUACAUUGCGUUGGAAGCCAAGGAACACGAGGUGGCCGACCUCAAACGCCAAAUCGACAUCAUGACGAAACAAAUCGAAGAAGGCAAGCAGCGCGAGUCCGCGUUUGCCGCGCUUCAGCGGUGCCAAGAAAUGAUGGCCGAGCUCGGGAUUAAGGAUGACGACAGCGAUGAGCCCCUCCGCGACAUCACGACAAAGUGCCAAGUAGAAUUUGAACGGCUCUUGCUGAAGAAGCAGGAAUCGUACGGAAUUCUGGACCGACUCACUCAGGCCAUUCAGUUGUGCGAAAAGGCACUCGGGUGCCACACGCACAUCGAUUUGCCCAAGACCGCGAAGCUGACAGAUCAAAUUCAACUUGCGCAAACGACGCUGGCCGAGUUGGAAAACACGGUUGCCCAGCGCGCCCUCUUGAGACUCCGGAACUUGAAAACUGCGUCCGAACUUUGCGACGAUAUGCAGCUCGGCAUUGCCGCCCCCGUGCCCGAAUCAUCUGACCACGAAGAACGUAUGUCGACGGAGCUCCAGCACCAGCUCAUGCUCCAGGGAAAGAUCGCGGAAGAGCUGCAUCGGCUGCACAACGACAUGUCGGUCUUUUCCAUGUUUGACUCGAUUGGGCAAAACAAUGUUCGCGACAUUGUGAAUCUGACGACGCGGCUCCUUGCCGAGGGCAACCUCCCUCUGGGGGAACAGGCGCUCGAAGACGACACGGUGCUCAUCACGCUCCUGAACGAGAUGAAGGAGAGCCGCCUUCGCAACAUGGAAGAAAUCAUGCAGAACACGCGACACUUGUUCCUGGAACUCCAAUUUGUCCCCGACGAUUUGAAGCGCAUUAGCCGCAAGGUCGUCGACCGGCUGUCAUUUGCGUUCGAGCCGUUGAACCUCGUGGAGAGGGUGUUGAACACAGGCGGAGUCAUGGACUUUACUAGCCACGGUCUGUCGUUCAUGCAAGCGCUGUUUACCACACUCUUAUCUAUUCGAGAAAUCCGCAUUCAAACAAGACGUCGACUCAAGGCCAAGUGUGCGAUCGCAGACCGAAUGUACCAAUCCGCCAUGGCCCAGUGCAGGAGCUUCUACUCGCCGCCCAAAGUCGUCCACCCAAACAACCAGGAGCGAGUGACCAACGGAGCGCUGACAGAGUGGUGUGAACACGCAUCGCUCGGGACGUAUCAAGUGCGCAAGGCCGCCCAGGCAUCGCUCAGCAUGAUCCAGGAAGAGCUCGAUGCGUUUGGCAUGGAAGAGGCCACCGAUCGCCUCGACUUUAUCUUGGGCACGCGAGACCGAGCCAUUAGCGGCGCGCAUCGCAAGCUUCUGGAAAAGUACAUGCAAGACCACAACGCCAAGACAUUCAACGUGUUGGGGGCGUCGUCGCCGUCGACAAAGAAACCCAACGCCCCACACUUUUUGCACGAGUUGGAUCCGUAUGCGACCGAGCUGGGGUCGAUGCUCGCCCAUGCGCUCGAUAGCCAAGUGCUGGAUCAUCUCCAAAGCGAACUGAAUGAGUUUCGAGUUCUCCAGACCAUCUUAACGGACGCGUACACACGGCUGUCGUCGCUAGGCAACAUCAUGAAGUGCGUGACCCAGAUUCGAGACUACAACAAGAAAAUCGCCGAGUUUGAAUCGGCUGCCAGCGACAGCGACCGGCUGCUUGACCGCCGCACCAGUUCGUUGCGCCUGUUGGAUGAGGAAAAGUUUCGCAAGUCAGCAGCCAAGAAGUAUCCGUUGUUGGUUCAAAAAGUUCGCGAAGAGAUCCACAAGUGGACGUCGCAGACGGCGAACGGAUUCGACUUGACCAUCUUGGGCCAGGAUAUGCAAGCGCUCCUGCUCGACACGGUCAACUUAAACACAGACCUGAUGCACCUUUCGCUCACCAACAACUCCCGACGGUCACGCAAACCCGUGUAGACCAAACUAAAUUAAGCAAUCGCCAUCCCGACACCAAGA